AUGCCGCCAAAGGGUCAGCAGGAUCUGUCUCAGUUCGCAUAUUCAGCGAUAUCUUCGCUGGUAUUGCAAGCAGAUCGCUCUACUAUCCCCCGACGCGACAGAGAACCAGAUGGCGCGCCAGAAUCCCUCGCAGGAAGGAUAAAUGUCCGUGAAAUGGGCUCUCGUGCCCACAGAGACGCGCCCAAGGACGUGGAGAAGAAGAAGCGUAAAGUUGCAGAAGACGGCGCCGAAAAGAGCCAAAAACGACGCGCUGCGGCUGCCAAUGCAAACUUUGGAUACGCAGAUAUCAUUGAAGCGACUCAAGACGUCGAGGGAAUCCGCUACCAACCGCGAACAGCCGAAACCAGAACGGUGUACGAGCUUAUUCUCGGCUCUGUACAUCGUAUGCUUGGUGAUCAAGCGCAUGACGUCGUCAGAUCUGCUGCUGACACAGUCCUGGAGACUCUCAAGACCGAGGGACUCAAGGAUUAUGACAAAAAGAAAGAGGUUGAAGAAGUCCUGGGACAUAUGUCAAAUGAGGAUUUCACACAGCUCUUGAACCUCAGCAAAAAGCUCACAGACUAUGCAGUAGAGGAUGAGCAAAUGAAGGAUCCUGACGAAGAGCGCAAUGAAGGCAUGAUCGAUGACACUGCUGGCGUCGCUGUUGUCUGGGACGAGGAGGAAGAGGAAGACGAGGAAGACAACUACGAGCUAAGGGACGAGUCGGACGCUUCUGACGAGGAGCCUACAGGCGAGGGGGAGGUUCCCAUCGACGGCGAAGGAGAAGAAUCUCUCGUCUAUGGUGGAGGCGCCUCGAAGCAGGUCUCUGGCGCAAAGACCGAUUCUGACCGAAUAUCGCCUCACGACAUUGACGGAUUCUGGCUUCAGCGACUUCUCGCUGGCGUGUAUCCAGAUCCAACGACAGCAACCGAAAAGACCACCGAAGCCCUUUCCAUCCUCUCCUCUGAAUCCAGCGUUCGAGACGCGGAAAAUAUGUUGAUGGAGCUCUUCGAUUUUAGCCAUCACGAAAUUGUCAGAACGCUGAUCAAGAACCGAGAUGUCGUUGUUUGGUGCACAAAGCUUGCAAGGAGUGAUGAACAGGAGAGGAUGAAUGUCGAAGUCGCGAUGCGAGAGCGCAAUGUCGGGUGGAUUCUAAAGGAGCUACGAGGCGAUCGAACAAAGCGGCGAGCCGCCGACACAGAUAGUAUGGAGGUGGAUGCUCAAAGCGCUGUGCCAAAGACUGGGACGGUGGCUCCAGGAAGUACUCUUCCUCCGCGACAGAUAGUCGACCUCGACAGCAUGGCAUUCUCCCAAGGCGGUCACCUUAUGUCUAACAAGAAGACAACUCUUCCUCCGGGCACGGUCAAACGAUCCAAGAAGGGAUACGAAGAAAUCUUUGUUCCCGAAAAGCCCAUAUCCGUUCCAAAGGUGGACGACCGCGUUCCCAUUUCCACAAUGCCCGGAUGGACACAGCCAGCGUUCCCAAGCCCCAUCACCCAUCUCAACCGUGUCCAGUCUCGAUUGUAUCCAAUUGCCUUCGGGACAGACGAACCGAUCCUUCUCUGCGCUCCGACCGGUGCCGGAAAGACCAACGUAGCCAUUCUCACCAUUCUGAAUGAGCUCAGCAAAGUCAGGGACGAGGAAUCGGGCUCAUUUGAUUUAGAUGCCUUCAAGAUUGUCUAUAUCGCUCCCAUGAAAGCUCUUGUCCAGGAAAUGGUCAAGGACUUCAGCGACCGACUCAAGAUCUACGGCGUCAAGGUCGGAGAACUCACUGGUGACAGCCAGAUGACAAAACAGCAAAUAGCAGAGACCCAAAUCAUUGUGACGACUCCAGAGAAAUGGGAUGUCAUUACGCGCAAAUCCACGGACAUGUCGUACACCAACCUCGUCCGCCUCAUCAUCAUUGACGAAAUUCAUCUGCUUCACGACGAACGUGGACCAGUCCUGGAAGCCAUCAUUGCCCGAACUAUCAGGAGGAUGGAGCAAACACGCGACUAUGUUCGCCUGGUCGCUCUCUCUGCGACUCUGCCCAACUACCAGGACGUUGCCAAGUUUUUGCGGGUAGACAGCUCCAAGGGCCUGUUCUUCUUCGAUGUCACCUAUCGAAGUAGACCGCUGCGUCAGCAAUUUGUCGGUAUCACGGAGAAAAAGGCCAUCAAGCGCUAUCAGGUCAUGAACGAGGUCUGUUAUGAAAAAGUACUCGAUCAAGCUGGCAAGAAUCAGUCGCUAGUCUUUGUGCAUUCUCGUAAAGAGACGGCAAAGACCGCCAGAUUCAUCCGGGACAUGGCGGUUGAAAAGGAGACUAUCGAGCAUUUCGUCAAGCCAGACUCUGGUACAAGGGAGAUCCUUCUCUCUGAAGUGUCGAGCAUCACAGAUCCUAACCUCAAGGAUCUCCUGCCGUUUGGUUUCGCCAUCCAUCAUGCAGGUCUGAACUCGACCGAUCGAGGACUAGUCGAGGAAUUGUUUAAGGAUGGUCACUUACAGGUGCUCGUUAGCACUGCUACCCUCGCCUGGGGUGUCAACCUUCCUGCGCACUGUGUCAUUAUAAAGGGGACGCAGAUCUACAACCCAGAGAAAGGUCGAUGGGUUGAACUAUCGUCACAGGACGUCCUCCAAAUGCUGGGCAGAGCAGGUCGUCCGCAGUAUGACGAAUAUGGAGAAGGUAUCAUUAUCACCAACCACUCUGAACUGCAGUACUACCUCAGCUUGAUGAAUCAGCAACUUCCUAUCGAAUCCCAACUUGUCGCAAAGCUUGCCGACAACCUUAAUGCUGAGAUUGUACUGGGGACGAUACGAAACCGUGACGAGGCUGUCCAAUGGAUCGGCUACACAUAUCUCUACGUUCGAAUGCUCAAAGAUCCUGCGCUCUACAGCGUCAACUCGGACUAUCUCGAUGAUGACCCACAUCUCGAGCAGAAGCGCGCAGAUAUUGCCCACUCGGCAGCCGUUCUCCUGGAAAAGUGCAAUCUCAUCAAGUACGACCGCUCCUCUGGCCGAUUCCAAUCCACAGAGCUCGGUCGAAUCGCCUCUCAUUACUAUGUCACCCACAAUUCGAUGGCCACGUACAAUCAACACCUGAAGCCGACAAUGUCAACCAUUGAACUCUUCCGUGUGUUUGCUCUAUCUAAUGAAUUCCGCCUCAUUCCGGUGAGACAGGAUGAAAAGCUGGAACUCAGCAAGCUGCUAGAAAAGGUUCCUAUCCCGGUCAAGGAGAGUGUCGACGAGCCCGCGGCAAAGAUCAACGUCCUACUCCAGGCAUUCAUCUCCAACCUCUCCCUAGAAGGUUUUGCCCUUGUCGCCGAUAUGGUGUAUGUACAACAAUCUGCAGGACGAAUUCUUCGUGCCAUGUUUGAGAUUUGCCUCAAGCGCGGAUGGGCGAUCCCGGCCCGUGCUGCGCUCGACCUGUGCAAGAUGGCGGAGAAACGGAUGUGGAGCUCUAUGACUCCUCUACGCCAAUUUCCUCACGUUCCCGGAGACGUGUUGCGAAAGGCGGAAGCGAAACAGUUCCCGUGGUAUCGCUAUUUUGAUUUGGACGAGGCGCAGCUCAGCGAACUGCUCGGUGUGGCACUCAGAACUGGACAAGUUGUGCACCGUCUCGUGCAUCAAUUCCCUCAAUUGGAUUUACAAGCACACGUCCAACCUAUCACGCGUUCGCUAUUGAGGAUCGAUCUCGUUAUUACUCCCGACUUUGAAUGGGACGACAGAGUGCAUGGUGCAUCCCAAGCCUUUUGGAUCGUGAUUGAGGAUGUCGACGGCGAGAUCAUUCUUUUCCACGAUACCUUCCUCUUGCGGAAACAGUAUUCGGUCGGAAAGAGUGAAUACAACGAGCACAAUGUCACCCUCUAUGUGCCCAUGUUCGAGCCAGUACCGCCAAACUACUACGUGUCCGUCAUCUCCGAUCGAUGGCUGCAUUCUGAGACGCGUCUACCCAUAUCCUUCAAGAACCUGAUCCUGCCCGAGAAAUUCCCACAGCCGACUGCAUUGCUGGACCUUCAACCGCCGCCAUUCUCUGUACUACGGAAUCCGGAGUAUGAGAGGAUAUACUCCUCUUCGAUCCCAGCUUUCAAUAAAAUCCAGACGCAAGUCUUGGAGGCGUUGUAUGGUUCUGAUGAAAAUGUAUUCGUCGGUGCUCCGACUGGGAGUGGCAAGACGAUCUGCGCAGAGUUUGCACUCUUGCGUCUCUGGAAUAAGAAGGAGUUGAAGCAUCCACGGGCUGUGUGCAUUCUUCCUUACCAGGAGAUGGUCGAUCAGCGAGUCAAGGAAUGGACAGCCAAGUUUGGAAAGCUUCAGGGUGGAAAGGAGAUUGUGAGCUUGACGGGAGAUUCCAGCACCGACCUCCGGCAACUCCAGAUUGGCCAUGUCAUUGUCUGCACACCGACACAGUGGGAUAUGAUCUCUAGGCGAUGGAAGAAACGGAAGCAAGUUCAAAACCUCGCUCUUUUGAUCUGCGACGAGGCACAUCUCGUUAAUGCCGACAUUGGUCCCGUAUACGAGGUCGUCAUCUCUCGCACUCGCUAUGUUUCCAAGCAAACCGAGGUUGAGACUCGUAUAGUAGCCCUCAGUGCCUCGCUUGCCAACGCGCGUGACUUUGGAGAAUGGAUGGGUGCACCCUCGCGCGCUAUUUACAAUUUCCCACCAAGCGCACGUCCCCUCGAUCUGGAUAUCCAUCUUCAGAGCUUCUCCAUCCCUCAUUUCCCAUCACUGAUGAUUGCCAUGUCCAAACCGGCAUAUUUGGCCAUCAAAGACUACUCGCCUACCAAACCGGUCAUCAUCUUCACCCCUUCACGCAAGCAGGCCCGCCUCACUGCGAGCGAUAUCUUGACACAUUGCUUGGCGGACGAAAAUCAGGAUCUGUUCCUCAAUUAUGAUCCUGAGCGGUUGAAGGAGCAUCUCGAACAUGUCUCUGACCAGAGUCUCGUGGAAUCACUCUCGCACGGCAUUGGUUUCUAUCACGAAGCACUCGAUAAGCAGGACAAGAAGAUUGUCGAACGACUCUUCGAAGCGGGUGCCAUUCAACUCCUUGUUGCAUCACGGGAAACCGCAUGGAGCUUGCCAUUAUCCAGUUACAUGGUGAUCAUUAUGGGAGUUCAGUACUUUGAAGGGAAAGAGCAUCGUUACGUGGACUAUCCCGUUGCGGAUGUUCUCCAAAUGAUGGGCCAUGCAUGCAGACCGGCUGUUGAUGAUCGCAGUCGCUGUGUACUCAUGUGUCAGCAAACUCGCAAGGACUUUUAUCGCAAGUUCCUCAACGAAGGCCUGCCGAUCGAGUCGCAUCUCCCCACUCAUUUCCUCCACGACUUUUUCCUCGCGGAAAUUGCUGAAGAGACCAUUGAGAAUAAGCAAGAUGCCAUUGACAUUCUCACAUGGACUUACUUCUAUAGGCGGUUGACUCAAAACCCCAACUACUACAAUCUCAACAACAUUAGCCAUCAACACUUGUCGGACCACCUUUCUGAGCUGGUCGAGACUACGUUGUCUGACCUUGUGGCGGCUCACUGCAUUUCAAUCGAGGACGAAGUCAAUGUUGGCAAGCUGAACCUUGGUUGGAUUGCAGCCUAUUACAAUAUCUCCUAUGUCACCAUUGAUGUCUUUUCCAUGUCCAUCACGGAGCGAACAAAGUUGAAGGGCUUGCUGGAGAUCAUCUCUUCCUCGACCGAGUUUGAGUCGAUUCCGAUCCGAAAGCACGAGGAUAUUGUGCUGCGACGCAUCUAUGAUCGCGUGCCGGUCAAAACGGAGAACAAUCGCUACGAGUCUCCAGCCUUUAAAUCGUUCCUGCUCCUUCAAGCUCACUUUUCGCGCCUUCAACUCCCACCGGAUCUUGUGACCGAUCAGGCACAAGUUCUGACUAAAGUCGUCAACCUGCUACACGCAUGUGUGGAUGUAAUGGCGUCGAAUGCCUACCUCAAUGCCAUGGGUGCGAUGGACCUGGCGCAGAUGUGUGUUCAAGGUGCAUGGGAGAGCGACUCGCCGCUGAAGCAAAUUCCUCACUUUGAGCCGGAUUUGAUCAAACGUUGCAAGGCAAAAGGCAUCGAAUCUGUCUAUGACCUUAUGGAGAUGGAGGACGAUGAUCGGACCAAACUGUUGAACAUGACGCCUGGACAACUGCGAGACGUGGCUACGUUUGUGAAUGCGUACCCGAGCUUGGAGAUUGCGCACGAGUUUGAAGAGGGAGAAUACACGUCGACGGAGCCUAUCGGUCUCAAGGUGACGUUGAGCGGAGGAGAUGAAGAGGACGAGGACGAGAGUCCGACCGAGCCAGUGGCCGUCGCGCCGUUUUAUCCACUCAAAAAGAUUCCCAACUGGUGGCUCGUAGUGGGUAAUCCUCAGACGAGGCAGCUCAUUGGUAUCCGGCGCGUGACGAUUCCGAAAAAGUCGUUGACGGUCGAGCUCAAGCUUACGCUGCCAGCUGGUUCGCACAAGCUCCAUCUCUAUGUGAUUUGCGACUCGUACAUGGGCGCUGAUCACGACAUUGUUCUGGAUGCGAUUCAAGUUGCGCAAGGCGAGGAAGACUCGGACGAAGAUGAUGAUGACGAGGACGAGUCGGAAGACGACAAGAUGAAGGAGUAG